GAAAGAGCAAGAGCACACGGGAGAGCAAGCAAGCUUGACAUGUGGAGCAAACUGAGCAGACAUAACAGCAGCUCUGCAUACUGACAGGGAGCUAAAGGUGAUCUGGUUUCUGCCACACUGGAGAUGUCGAUAACAUCACAAAUGGAUCUACCUGAAGAGAUUCAGCAUCCAUAUGCAAAAUUUUCUGAAUGGAAAUUCAAGCUGUUUAAAGUGAGACCAUUUCAAAAAGCACCUUCUGAUAAAAGCCAAUGCAUAAACAAGGAUCAAGAACAAGAGGUAGCUUCUACGGACAAAAACAUCGUGCUGCCUAAAGAUGAAGAAGUUCCAAGAGGAGAAAAGUUAAUUCUGACACAGGUGGACUUCAUGGGCAACAUGCAAGCACUUGAGAAAGAUGUCAAUGACAUGAAAAUACAAGACAACACAAUUCACCAGAACAACCUGAAGCAACUUUGCCGCAUCUGUGGAGCUUCAUUUAAAACUGAUUGCUACAAGAGAACUCAUCCAGUACAUGGACCAGUAGAUGAUGAAACUCUGUGGCUUCUGAGAAAGAAAGAGAAAAAAGCAACCUCUUGGCCAGAUCUUAUUGCAAAAGUUUUCAAGAUUGAUGUGAGAGGGGAUGUUGACACUAUCCAUCCCACUCGGUUUUGUCACAACUGCUGGAGUAUUAUCCACAGGAAAUUCAGUAAUACUCCAUGUGAAGUUUAUUUUCCUAGGAACAGCACGAUGGAGUGGCAGCCCCACUCUACAAACUGUGAAGUGUGCCACACUCCCAGCCGGGGAGUCAAGAGAAAAAGCCAACCAUCCAAUGUAAUACAUGGCAAACGUGUGAAAAUCAUUGCAGAACAUGCUCGAGUUAACAGAGGCAUAAAGAAUCAAGUGCUGAUAAAUAACAAAAAGGUAAUGAAAGAGAUUACCAACUGCAAGAACAGACAUCUCAGCACCAAACUUCUUGCAGUUGAUUAUCCAGCAGAUUUCAUUAAAUCCAUCUCUUGCCAGAUCUGUGAGCAUAUUUUGGCAGACCCAGUGGAAACAACAUGUAGACACUUGUUUUGCAGAGCUUGUAUUCUCAGCUGCAUCAAAGUUAUGGGCAGCUAUUGCCCCUCCUGCUGGUAUCCUUGUUUCCCUACUGAUCUGGUAACCCCAGUGAAAUCCUUCCUGAACAUCCUUGAUAGCCUGAGCAUAAGAUGCCCUGUACCAGAAUGUGAUGAAGAGAUCUUGCAUGGAAAAUAUGGCCAACACUUCUCUAACCACAAGGAGAUGAAAGAUAAAGAGCUCUAUAACCCCAUAAAUAAAGGUGGUCGACCAAGGCAGCAUCUUCUGUCUUUGACCAGGAGAGCUCAAAAACAUCGUCUGAGAGAACUGAAACGUCAAGUGAAGGCUUUUGCUGAGAAAGAAGAAGGUGGUGAUAUAAAGGCUGUAUGCAUGACUUUGUUCCUGCUAGCUUUAAGAGCAAAAAAUGAGCACAAGCAAGCAGAUGAAUUGGAGGCUAUAAUGCAAGGCAAAGGAUCUGGACUUCAUCCUGCUGUUUGCCUGGCAAUCCGAAUCAACACAUUUCUCAGCUGUAGCCAAUAUCACAAAAUGUACCGAACUGUAAAAGCUGUCACUGGGAGGCAGAUUUUCCAGCCACUGCAUGCUCUUCGCACUGCCGAGAAAGCCCUCUUACCAGGUUAUCAUCCUUUUGAAUGGAAGCCUCCAUUGAAAAAUGUAUCCACUAACACAGAAGUGGGAAUUAUAGAUGGACUAUCAGGACUACCCCUCUCGAUUGAUGACUACCCAAUAGACACAAUUGCAAAGAGAUUUCGAUAUGAUACAGCCUUGGUUUCUGCUUUAAAGGACAUGGAGGAAGAAAUCUUGGAGGGCAUGAAGGCAAAAAAUCUGGAUGACUAUCUGAAUGGUCCCUUCACUGUGGUAGUAAAAGAGUGCUGUGACGGAAUGGGAGAUGUCAGCGAGAAGCAUGGAAGUGGUCCUGCUGUCCCAGAGAAGGCUGUACGCUUUUCAUUUACAGUCAUGAACAUUGCUAUAGACCAUGGGAAUGAAAAGAUAAGGAUCUUUGAAGAAGUAAAGCCCAAUUCAGAGUUGUGUUGCAAACCCUUGUGCCUUAUGCUGGCUGAUGAAUCAGACCAUGAAACUCUGACAGCGAUCCUGAGCCCUCUCAUAGCAGAAAGAGAGGCUAUGAAGAACAGUGAACUGCUUCUUGAAAUGGGAGGCAUCCUGAGAACAUUCAAAUUCAUCUUUCGAGGUACAGGCUAUGAUGAGAAACUUGUAAGGGAAGUGGAAGGGCUGGAGGCCUCAGGUUCCACUUAUAUCUGUACCCUCUGUGAUGCAACCCGCCUAGAGGCCUCUCAGAAUUUGGUCUUCCACUCCAUCACCAGGAGCCACGCUGAAAAUCUGGAGCGAUAUGAAAUAUGGAGGUCCAACCCAUAUCACGAAUCUGUUGAUGAGCUCCGUGACAGAGUGAAGGGUGUUUCAGCCAAACCUUUUAUAGAGACUGUUCCCUCCAUUGAUGCGUUGCACUGUGACAUUGGCAACGCAACAGAAUUUUACAGAAUUUUCCAGAUGGAGAUUGGUGAAGUCUACAAGAAUCCUGAUGCAUCUAAAGAGGAAAGGAAGAGGUGGCAGUUGACUCUUGACAAACAUCUCAGGAAGAAGAUGAAAUUAAAACCUAUGAUGAGGAUGAGUGGGAACUUUGCUAGGAAGCUCAUGUCCAAAGAAACAGUAGAGGCAGUAUGUGAAUUAAUAAAGUGUGAGGAAAGGCAUGAAGCCCUAAAAGAACUAAUGGACCUUUAUCUGAAAAUGAAACCAGUAUGGCGAUCUUCGUGCCCUGCCAAAGAGUGUCCAGAAUUGCUGUGCCAGUACAGCUACAAUUCACAGCGUUUUGCUGAGCUCCUGUCUACAAAGUUCAAAUACAGAUAUGAGGGCAAGAUUACCAAUUAUUUUCACAAAACCCUUGCUCAUGUACCUGAAAUCAUUGAAAGAGAUGGGUCCAUUGGUGCUUGGGCAAGUGAAGGAAAUGAGUCUGGAAACAAACUAUUUAGGAGGUUCCGAAAAAUGAAUGCCAGGCAGUCCAAAUUCUAUGAAAUGGAGGAUGUCUUAAAGCAUCACUGGCUAUAUACUUCUAAGUACCUCCAGAAGUUCAUGAAUGCUCAUAAAACGUUAAGAAGUCAGGGCUUCGUGAUUGAUCCAGAUGAUGGGUUAGGUGAUUCUUUGCCACCGGAGAUCUCUUUGGAAAGCAGUGAUUCAGUGGAACUCUAAAUGUAAAAUACAUUUGGUGUUGGGUUUGUGAUACUCCUUCUGAGUGGAGACAGCUUCCUUUUCAGGCCUCUAGAGGUACAGGGAAAAUUGAAGCUUUCAUUUUUAUACUCCCUUUUAAAGGUGCUGAAUGGAAUUUAAUGAAAUGCCAUGUCUGUUGGAAGCUUUGAACAGAAGCAAUGCAGUGGUACAUUUACCAGUUGUUAUGUGAGAGGGAAGUAGAAACAAAUUGCAAAGAAGGGCCAUGAAUUUAUUUUGGUCUCAGAGUGUUGUUUAUAAGUGAGAAAGACAGAGUAAACAAGGUUUUAUAUAGAACAGUAUUUUGGAAUGAAUAUAAUACUGGAAAGUUAUGACACUUGUUGAAAAAUUGAGAAUGGCUAUUUGUUCUGUUUGCAUUUUAUGAGCUAUUUUGCUAUUUACUUUUCAAGAGGGUUUGAUUAUUUUAUUGAUGGCUUUUCGGCUUUUAUAAGUCAAGAUUCGCCAGUGAUAUAGUUAGGUAAUUGUUUUGGGAUGAACAA